AUGGAUCAAGCAAAGACACAAGAGGUCCUUGAGGCUUUGGAUGAAAUCCGGUCAACACGCGAAAUCUCCAUCAUCAAACUCAGCGAGCCCAUCUCAAGCUCAACCCCCCAGGAUUCCCGUCAACGAACAUCAGAUGCGUCAAACUCGGCUCUCGACGCGCCAACGCCUGCCAGCUUGGCAGCGGAUCUUGCACAUUACAAGGAACUGUUUGCCAAACUGCGCUUCUCGUACGUGCAGCAGGUCACCAAGGAAAAGUUCAUCCGCGCCAUUGUCGGCGACCCGCCCAUGAUUGUCACUAUGGAGGAGAAUAUGGAGCUCGAAAAGGAGAACGCCGGCGCCAAGAAGCAGCUCAAAGAGCUCAAGACUGAAGUGGCCGAUAUGGUGACGGAUUUGGAGCGCAGGGGUAUCGAGCUGAGCAAGAAGUAUGAAACGGUGCAGCUUGAGACAGCAAGGUUGCUGGAGAUGCCAACCAAGAUUGAGGAGCUGGAGGCACGGAUCGAGCAGCUUCGAGCAUCGCAGGAGACACCAGAGGGAUCAAGCCCAAACAUGAACCUACCACUCGCCAAGACGCAGGAUCUUGUCACCCAACGAAAGCGUGAGCAGCAGGAACUUGCUCGAGAAAUGGAGUCGCUGCAGGCCAAGCUUCCCCGGAAGAGGAAAGAGGCCGAGCGACUCGAGGUUGAACUUCAGCCUCUUGAAAGCAAGCGUCAAAACAGUGCUACAGCGGCACGCGAAGCGAGGAGGAGGAAAGAGGCUGCUCUUGGUGGCGCGGCAGAUGAUCUUGAGGAGAGGGCUAGAUGGUGGAGAGCCAGUGAAGGUGUGUUGAAGCAAGUUUUGGAUAUUAAGAAUUAA